UUAAGCGUUUUAGACAUUGCAAGAGAAGAUUAUGGUCAAAGUAAUAAUAGUAAUCUAUCUAUUUAUUAAUAAUAAGCAGACGAGUGAGAUGGUAAACUAAGGAAGGAAGCAGUCUUGUUCGUCUUUCUUCAUGAAGAUUCACUCGGUACGACUAUUCAUUCAUUCAUUCAUUAAUUCAACAUUAACUUCAUUUUUUAAUUUUCUUUCUUUCUACUCAAACAAAACUAUUUCACUUUCUUCUGUUUUUUCCUCUCUCACUUCCGCGCCUUGUUUCUUCUUCUUCUCUCUCUCUGGUUUAUGUUUUUUCAUGCUAUUGCUUCCAUUUCCCCUUCUCCCCCAGGUAUUUCAAAUUGAACUCUAACUAACUGGUAUGGAACCAUUCCUUAAUCAUAACUUGCAACAACAAACAUUAUUUGCUGUAUUUGUUUCAUGGGAGAAGAACGGAUUUUAUUUUCUAGACUAAUUGUUUCAAGGCAAGAGGAUGGCUUCUCUGGAAGCUAUUUCUCAAAUUAUAGACACCGUUUCCGAGUUUGUAUUUGCUUCAGACAAUGUCCUUGUCAAGAAGGGUAGUUUUAAGGAACUUGGUGAUUACUUGCAAAGAAUUGCACCUAUUUUAAAACAAUUGAGGAAAGAAAAGGUCAGUGAUUCCGAGACAUUCAACAACGCCAUCGAGAUUCUGAAUCGUGAAAUUAAAGAUGCAAAGAAAUUGGUUCAAGAAUGUAGCAAGAAGAGCAAGGUGUAUCUCCUGGUGAACAGCAGAACUGUUGCUAAGCGCUUAAAACACAACACUAGCGAGAUCAGCAGGGCAAUUGGUCUUCUUCCUCUGGCUACAUCAGGCCUUUCUGCUGGAACGAUUGAAGAAAUUGAAAGGUUACGUGACAAUAUGCAAGCAGCUGAGUUUAAGGCAGCCGUAUCAGAAGAAGAGAUAUUAGAUAAAAUCGAGUUAGGGAUACAGGAAAAGAAUUUUGACCGCUCCUAUGCAAAUGAUUUGCUGCUUCUCAUUGCAGAUGCUCUUGGGAUUACAAAAGAGCGGUCGACAUUAAAGAAAGAGCUUGAAGAGUUUAAAAGUGAAAUUGAAAAUGAGAAAGACCGGGCUGAGGCCAUUCAAAUGGAUCAAAUCAUUGCUUUGUUGGAAAGGUCUGAUGCAGCCUCGUCAACCAGGGAAAAGGAACUCAAAUACUUUGCAAAACGAGAUUCUCUGGGUACUCAACCCUUGGAGCCUUUACAGUCCUUUUUUUGUCCUAUUACUCGGGAUGUUAUGGAUGACCCUGUGGAAACUUCAUCUGGGCAAACAUUUGAGAGAAGUGCAAUUGAAAAGUGGUUUGCGGAAGGAAACAAAACAUGUCCUCUAUCUUGCAUUACUUUAGACACGUCGAUUUUGAGACCUAACAAAACCUUGAAACAAUCAAUAGAAGAAUGGAAAGAUAGGAAUACAGUGAUUACAAUUGCUUCAAUGAAAGAAAAAAUCCAAUCUGGGGAUGAAGUUGGAGUAUUGCAUUGCCUGCAAACUCUUCAAGGUUUGUGUGAACAAAAGGACCAGCACAGAGAAUGGGUGGUACUGGAGAAUUAUAUACCAGUUCUUAUCCAAUUUCUUUCCGAAAAAAACCGUGAUAUAAGGAAUCACGUCCUUGUCAUCCUUUGCAUGCUGGUGAAGGAUAAUGAAGAUGCCAAGGAAAGAAUUGCAAAAGUAGACAAUGCAAUCGAGUCUAUUGUCCAUUCUCUUGGCCGUCGUUUGGGGGAAAGGAAGUUGGCUGUGGCAUUACUACUGGAACUAUCCAAAUGUGAUUUGUUAAAAGAAUACAUUGGAAAAGUUCAAGGUUGCAUACUACUAUUGGUGACUAUGUCUAGCAGUGAGGACAGUCAAGCUGCCAGAGAUGCAACAGAGUUGCUGGAGAAGCUUUCAUGCUAUGAUCAGAAUGUUAUACAGAUGGCAAAGGCAAAUCAUUUCAAGCAUUUAUUGCAGCGUCUCUCCACAGGACCAGAUGAUGUGAAGAUGAUUAUGGUCAAAAUGUUAGCAGAAAUGGAGUCAACAGACCACAAUAAGGAGAUCUUGUUUGACAGCGGUAUUCUGGCUCCUCUUCUUCACUUGGUCUCGCAUAAUGAUGUUCAGAUGAAAUUGGUUGCCCUUAAAGCUCUACAGAAUCUAUCUAGUUUACAGAAAAAUGGACUAGAAAUGAUUCGACAAGGUGCAGCACGCCUAUUAUUUGGCAUUCUUUUCCAGCACAGCCUUCCUUCCUCAAGUUUGUCAGAACAUGUAGCUCCCAUAAUUAUGCAACUUGCUGCAUCUACCAUCUCUCAGGAUACACAGACACCAGUUUCAUUGUUAGAAUCCGAUGAAGAUGUUUUUAACCUUUUCUCUCUAAUUAGCUACACAGUGCCUGAUGUGCGACAAUAUAUUAUCCAGACUUUUUAUGCCCUCUGUCAGUCGCCGUCAGCUUCAGAUAUCAAAAACAAGCUAAGAAAGUGCCCAUCGGUUCUUGUAUUGGUCAAGUUGUUUGAGAAUGAAAGCCUAAAUCUUCGAGCAAGUGCUGUGAAGCUGUUUUCUUGCCUGGUUGAAAGCAGUGAUGAGGCCACCAUACUGCAGCAUGUGAAUCAGAAGUGUGUUGAGACUUUACUCCAGAUCCCGAAAUCUUCAUCUGAUGAAGAAGAAAUUGUUUCUGCUAUGGGAAUAAUACGUUAUCUUCCAAAAAUUGAACAGAUCACUCAGUGGCUUUUGGAUGCCGGGGCGUUGCCAAUCAUUUGUAAUUAUAUCCAAGAAGGGAAGGACAAAGAUCUCCGAAAUAGUAAGCUGGUAGAGAAUUCUGUUGGUGCCUUAUGUCGUUUUACAGCUCCAACAAAAUUGGAAUGGCAAAAGCGUGCUGCCGAAACUGGGAUUAUAACUGCUUUAGUACAAUUGCUUGAAAGUGGAACUGCUCCAGCAAAACAGCUAGCAGCACUGUCCCUAACUCAAUUUUCUAAAAGCUCACAAGAACUAAGCAGUCCAAUGCCAAAGCGCAAGGGAUUUUGGUGCUUCUCAGCCCAAACAGAAGCCGGAUGCUUAGUUCAUGGUGGUGUAUGCACCGCAGAAUCAUCAUUUUGCCUUUUGGAGGCUGAUGCAGUAGGACCACUAGCAAAAACUCUCGGGGAAUCUGAUUUUGGGGUGUGUGAGACUUCCUUAGAUGCUCUUCUAACUUUAAUUGACGGGGAAAAGCUGCAGAGUGGUAGUAAAGUGCUUGCAGAUAAAAAUGUCAUACCACUAAUAAUAAGAUUUCUCGGCUCCUCUUCCCCCGGAUUGCAGGAAAAGUCACUUAAUGCUUUGGAAAGGAUUUUCCGGUUAUUGGAGUUCAAACAGAAAUAUGGAGCUUCAGCUCAAAUGCCUCUGGUUGAUUUAACUCAGCGGGGUAAUGGCAGCGUUAAAUCCAUGGCAGCUCGAAUAUUGGCACAUUUGAAUGUGCUUCAUGAUCAAUCUUCAUAUUUUUAAAGAAUGUUGACUCAAUUAAAUGUACUGAGGAGCAAAGUUUAGUUAACUAACAACCAUAAGGUUCAAUUUUCCCUUGAUCCUUUGACCAUGGCAUGGCAAAGACUGUUGCAAACUACAAGUUUGGACAGGAAAUGGGAUUUUUUGACAGAGAAAAUUGCUCUCAUCUGGCAGCAACUUGAAAAUCAUAUAUAUCUUGUAUAAGUGUCUUCAUCCAAUAUAGGCUGUUGUUGUAUUAAGGUAGGAUUACCAUUGGACAUAUAGGAAUUUAUUCGGGGCUUAUAUUAUACUGCCCAAAUAUUUGUACACUUUGAGGAUUGAUUGGAUUGUCUGGUUACUUGUGUUAAAAAUAGAAAUCUCUUUAAACAACGAUUGUAUUCUUUGUUAUGAGAAUUCUUUGUUCUGUGAUUCA